GCCUUGGGCACUAAAAUGCAGAUUCCUGGGCCCAUCCACGACCCACUGAAACAGAGUGCCAGGGCCAUCUGCAUUUAUCAAGCUCCCUGGUUAACAGCUCAGUCCUCCGUGCAGCCCGCUCGCCGGCCGCGCUCGCUCACGGGCCAGGAUGGCAUUCUGUCCGGCCCUGCGCAUGGCGCUGCUCCUCCUCUCCGGGGUCCUGGCCCCUGCGGUGCUCACAGCCGAGGGCCCGCAGGAACCCGUGCCCACCCUGUGGAACGAGCCUGCCGAGCUGCCAUCGGGAGAAAGCCCCGUGGAGAGCACCAGCCCCGCCCGGGAGCCGGCGGUCAGCGGCCCGCCCGCGCCCACCGCCACGCCGAGCCCUGAGGACAGCACCGCGCGGGAGCGUCUGGACCAGGGCGGCGGCUCGCUGGGGCCCGGCGCCAUCGCGGCCAUCGUCAUCGCCGCCCUGCUGGCCACCUGCGUGGUGCUGGCGCUCGUGGUUGUCGCGCUGAGAAAGUUCUCCGCCUCCUGAAGCGAAUAAAGGGGCCGCGCCCCGGCCGCGGCGCGACUCGGCGGCACCUCCGGUGCGCGCCCCCGUGUCUCCAUGUGUCCGCGCCAACUGUUUUGGCCUCCUUGGUUUCUCUGGGCUCCAGACUACCUGUUCUGGCUAAGACCUGUUUUCUCCUCCUGGAUACGCCAGGUAGCCACACGUGGUACCCACUCACACUCCCCAAAACACAUCAUGGCUUAAGUUUCUGCUUAGAAAAGACUGUUAUGAAACUGACUGGUUUUCAUGAAACUGUUUACAUUAUUACACAUAACC